AUGGACAAUCUCUCAUCACCGUCCUCAACGGGUUUGGGAAGCCCGAGCGGCCCAGCCGUCGGGACUGUGCGAAGAGGAGGGGCCAAGGCCUCAGGAAAUGAUGCCGGUGGUGGCUCAUCAUCCCCGGUGCGGCCAGCCCACGACCCAGCCUCGGCGACAACGGCGGCCGCUGUCAUGGGAGAAGAGCGGCAGUUGUCACCAACGCCAACUCUGAGCGACGAGGGGGGGCGGCGUUCCAUCCCUGCCAUGAUCCGGCAUGCCGUCUUUACCUUUGGCAAAUUCGUCGGUCCAGGCUUCAUGAUUGCAGUGGCAUACAUAGACCCUGGAAACUACGCCACCGGCAUCGCGGCCGGCGCCUCCUACCGUUUUCGCCUGUUGUUCAUCGUCCUGCUGAGCAACAUAUUUGCCAUCUUCCUGCAGGGCCUCUGUGUCAAGCUCGGCACGGUCACCGGGCUCAACCUUGCCGAGGCCUGUCGUGCAUUUCUCCCCCGCUGGCUGAACUAUGCACUGUAUGUCAUGGCUGAGAUAGCCAUCAUCGCCACUGAUUUGGCAGAGGUAAUUGGCACGGCGAUAGCCAUCAACCUGCUCAUCCCACAGAUACCCCUGGUGGCAGGCUGCGCCAUCUCAAUCCUGGAUGUCAUGAUCAUCCUCCUAUUCUACAACCCAAAUGGCUCCAUGCGCGGGCUUCGCUUGUUCGAGUUCUUUGUGGUUCUCCUCGUGCUCGCGGUGGUCGUUUGCUUCUGCAUCCAGAUGUCCAUGAUACGCGGCACGGCGGUCGCUGAUGUGUUCCAGGGCUACCUGCCAUCCAAAGCGGUCAUUGAGCAGCAGGGCCUGUACCAGGCUUGUGGUAUCCUGGGAGCGACAGUCAUGCCACACAGCUUGUACCUAGGCUCCGGAAUUGUCCAGGCCCGGCUGAGGGAGUACGACGUCAGCAAAGGGCUGAUGCCCCUCGGAAAUCCGACCUUGUCAUCUAUCAACGAGACAUCUGAGAAGAACAUUUACAUCCCUUCUCUGCGGGCAAUACGACACUGCAUGAAGUAUUCAAUCGUCGAGCUGGGCACCUCCCUGUUCACGUUUGCGCUCUUCAUCAACUCGGCUAUCCUCAUAAUCGCGGGUGCAUCACUAUACGGGUCCUCAGAGGCACAGAACGACGACAUCUUCGCUAUCCAUGACUUGCUUUCCCGCAGCCUUGGCAAGGGUGCCGGCAUUCUCUUCGCAUUAGCGCUGUUGCUAUCGGGUGUUUCCGCAGGCAUUGUGUGUACCAUCGCGGGACAGAUGGUGAGCGAGGGUGCACUGUCGUGGAACAUGCGACCGUGGCUUCGGCGGCUCAUAACGCGCUCCAUGAGCAUUACUCCCAGUAUCAUAAUUGCCGGUGCUGUUGGGAGGGAGGGGCUCGACACAGCCUUGAAUGCGUCACAGGUCGCCCUGAGUGUCGUCCUCCCAUUCGUGUCAGCGCCCCUCAUCUAUUUCACCUGCAUGAACAAAUACAUGAAGGUCCUGCCGGGGCGAGCACGUUUCGGCGUCUAUGUUGGUGAGGAUAACGAUGAAACCGAUGACCGCAACCGAUCUGAAGGUCAGGGGAGGCAGCUGGAGAAUGUGAAGAUGGCGAACUCAAUACCGGUGGUCAUCAUCGCGGUGGUGAUCUGGUUGAUCAUCGCCGCAAUGAAUGUGGCCAACCUCGUGCUGCUAGGCCUGGGCAAGGAAUAA